AUGGCUUCGAAGGGUCGAUUGUCGCGUGAAGAGAAGGGGAAAAGCACUGCUGCCCCAUCAAGCCCCGCUAGGGACGCGGACGGCGGUCCGCCGGAUGAGUUUGACGUAAUUCAUCGCGAUGCCCUGAGAGACACGGAGAAUAUGAGCCUCUCUCAACGCCUUCUAGUCGCUGAUGCUCAUAGGCAAUUUCGUGAAGAGGCCGAGGAGAACGUUGAGGAUGAGGGUAGAGAAACAUGUGGCUCAGAAGCACCUAGUCAAGUCGCGAGAUCUCGGAGGCGGGCACAGCGGAGAGGUCAGACUGCCGCCCCAUACGAGACCGUGAAGAGGUUAUUAAGGGAGAGCGGCGGCGCCGGUGUCACUUUUCUUAUUCCAUCUGCCGAGCAGCGCCCGUGGUCGCCUCCGGUCGGAUAUCAAUGUGUAUAUGAAUCCUAUUUCCAGGACCAGACCAAGCUCUGGUUCCCAAUCCCUCGGCUGAUCACGUCGUACGCGUUUCGUCGGGAUAUUGCUAUUUCUCAGUUGCUGAACGGGUCACUGCGUAUUGCGGUCAUGCUGAUGGUCAUGGCUGCGGAGAUGGAUAUCUCGAUGAGUGUGAGGGUGUUCGAAGAGUUGACUUUCACGAAGGCGGAGCCAAACGGGAUCUUUUCGGUAAAGAUGCGGGCAAAUUACAACGUCUUGACGGGCCAUCCUAACAAGACGCAGGAUUGGCAGCGAGCUUAUUUCUAUGUUAAGUCUGACGAGCAUGCCUUCGAAGAGCCUCCGGGGGACGACUAUCGCGUUUUAUGGAAUCCGUUACUCGUUCGUCACCCUAACACGAUCGCCUAUCCUGAAAAGUUCUUUGAGAACGCUCAACUUAUCGCAGCGCACAGUCAUCUUCGUUGGCCGGACCUUAGCCGAGAGUGGAUUCGUCGCCAGCAAGCUAGGAUCGCUAGAGUUGAUUGGGAGUCGAGGCUUCCUUGUGUACUAGGCACUCGCAAAUCACGUCUCUCGUUAUUUACCCGGGAGCAGCAAAAACUUCUCGACAAAGCCAGAGAGAUGGAGGGAAUCCCGGAUUUGAGCGCGCUGCUUAGAGGGAAGCUCCAAAUGAUUUCGUCUUCUGCUGGUACUUCGGAGGUCAGACCUACUCGCGCAGAUGGGGACGCGGACUCGGAGCCUCCAGCCCGUAGCCCUCCGAAGGAAAGGGCUACCAAAAGCAAGAAACAGAGCCCAGAGGAACAGCCUUCUACUCUUGAAAGGAAUGUUCCUUUAGAGAUGGCCCCGUCUUCCGCUGAUGCCUCUGAAGUCGCGGCGAAAAAAAAGAAGAAGAAGAAAGACGGCAAGAAGAGGUCUCGCGAGGAGACUUUUAUGGAACCAGCGGGGACCUCAGCGGCUAUGGGGAGUGAUGAUAUGGGAAGACUUGACCCGAUCGAUUCUACUCGGGGGUCAUCUGAAGGGUGUCCCAAGAAGAAGACUAGGAGGACAGCCGCGGGGGAUGAAGGUCGACGUGAUGGGACCCCCGUUCCCGAGGGCCCUUCUAAAAGCGGAGGCGGCUCUCAGGAUGGAUCUCCAUCGAGUAAAAGAGCCCCUUCUUCUGCCGCGAGGGGGAAAGAUGGUGAGAGUGGAGGUUCUCUUCCGCAGAUGUCGGGAAGAGGAUUCCCGGAUCGCGUAGAAUUCUUGUACGACGAGAGGACUCCGCUGGUGCUGAACCCGCUUCGAUGCGCGGAGUUAACCCGUCAGAUCCGUGGCGGGACGAAGGAGUUGCCGCCGCUCGAUGACUUGUAUUUCAAGAAGGAGUAUAUUGAUGCAGCUGUGGCGAGCAAAAGGAGUGACGGGAGCAUGAAUUAUCUCGUGGAGAAGUACGAUAGCACCUUGAAGCAGACGAUGACCCAGCUGGGCGCCUCGGAGAAGCUCGCACGAACCAGGUUGGGCGUGAUCGAGAGGUUACGUGCCGAAAACAAAAAGGCCGGCGACCAAGCGGUCAAAGAGAAAGAGGUCCUCCGGGUUAAGUUUGAGGAGUUGAAAGAGAAGCUGAAGUCUGACCGUCUUGCGAAGAAGGAAGCUUUACGCGAGAAAGCUCGCUUAGAGCGGUUGGUCGCUUCCCUUGAGGGAGAGAAGGCCGAGCUCGAGGAAGAGAGGGGGGCUGUCGUUGAAACGCUGAUCAAGGAGAGGAAACGUCUGAGGAACUCUAGGGUGCAGGAGGUCACCCGCGAGAGGAUCAAGGUUCAAACGGCUAUGGCGGACAAGUCUACUCGCUGCGUUGAUAAGAUGAAGGGUUAUCUGGAUCGCCUUAACGCGCUAGAGAAGGCCAAGAGUCUGUACGGGCAGGCUUCAGGGACGAAAAAGUGCCUUGAGAUGAUAAGAGAUAGCGGGACUGAGAUCCCGCAAAGUAUGAUCGACAUCUUUUCGGAACAGGAGAAGGUGCAUGAGGCUGAGGUCGCUAAGCUCCGUCUUGAGCCAUUCUCCGAGGAUGACUUUGCUCUCUCUCCUCUCAACCUCCCUUCUCGAUUUGUAAGUGAAGAUCUCAUGGGGGUACUCGACCCGUACGGAUCGAACGUUGGUUUGAUUGGCCACGAAUCGGCUUCCCAGCUGAUCACUUCCCGCGAGGCGACCGAAGAUCCAGUCGAUGAGCCGAUGAUAGACAUCACUUCCGCUCCGCCGGAGCGUAUGGUCGUUCCCGAAGGAACUCCCACCGAGGAGCGUCCUGACGGGAACGAUCUCAAGGCGACCGGGGACGCGAUUCAAGCAGACACAGGGAAUGUAGCCGCCGAAGAUCCGGUCCUGGUUUCUUCGUCCGAGGAGCGAGAAGAGGACGAGGUGGGUGAGGAAGAGAACAGGUCGUCGCCGGCACUUAUCAAAGAGACGGUCCGGGAUUUGUCAGCUUCAGACCCUCCUGCUCAGGUUGAAGACCUUGACGCUCAAGCCGUUGAAGAAGAAACGGCUGAACCGCUUGCCCCGAGCAGGGACGACCAAGACAUUGUCGUUUGA